AUGGACGGCGGCGGAGCAGCUGACGUGGCAACCGCCGGAACGACCAGGAAGAGAGAGAGGCCUUACAAGGGGAUAAGGAUGAGGAAGUGGGGCAAAUGGGUUGCGGAGAUUCGAGAGCCCAACAAGCGCUCGAGGUUAUGGCUCGGCUCUUACUCCACGCCGGAAGCGGCGGCGCGAGCUUACGACACGGCGGUUUUCUAUCUUAGAGGACCAACCGCGAGGCUAAACUUUCCGGAGCUUCUUCCCGGAGAUAAUUUCAGCGAGGAAGACAUGUCGGCUGCGACGAUUCGGAAAAAAGCGACGGAGGUUGGUGCUCAGGUAGAUGCUUUAGGCACGGCGGUGCUAAAUAACCGCCACCGUGUUUUUGGUCAGAGUCGAGAGAGUGAUGAUGAAAACAAGAAUUUCCAUCGGAAUUAUCAAAACGGUGAGCGAGAAGAAGAAGAAGAUGACGACGACGACAAGAAGUUGAAGAGUGGCGGCUGGUUAUUGGAUCGGGUUGACUUGAAUAAGUUACCCGACCCGGAAAGCUCCGAUGAAGAUUGGGAAAGCAAAUGA